AUGAGUGGGCUCAUUUCUUCUUUACUGAUCGAAACCAUCGUUCGGCAAGCCCGUCGUCUCUCAAAUCAGACAGAUUCUCAUCCACCUUACGAUGACGACCUAGCCGAUUCGCUACCAAUUACACAAAGCAGCAGCUCAUCAGCGACCUACGACGGGAAUGACCACGCCGAGGUAUCAAGUAGGAAUGGUGAUCAUGAGACUUCGGCGAGGGGUACUCCUUCCGUACCUUCCCCACCGCCGCCGUCUGAACUGAGCAGUUGGCGUCAUGAUAUGUCACCAAACCAGUCUCGUUCUGGAACAGCAAUUGUAUCACCCCAGAGCCUUCGUGGCCUGUAUGAGAACGAACAUGUUGAUGGUGUCCGAACGUACACUGCACCUGAAGUAACGGGAGCUGACUCUCCGUCUGUCUCCCUGCGAAAUAUGGUCCUCGAGACAAAUCCAAGUGCGCAAGAGUCACAUCAUUAUUCUGCCAGUCAUGACAAUCUUGAUGACAUUGGUGACCAGUUCUUGCUUCCGGAGGACGACGGAAUGGGAGUUUUGAGAAAGAAGAUCCACGCUAUUCGGGACCUCCAAUGUAGCAAUGAGGAAAAAGCACGUAUGAUCCACGAAUUGAUGACUGAGAGGUACAAUGCUUCUCGGGGAAGGAAGGACUUAAUACCGACAUCACCGAGGACACUGUCAUCAUCUAGUCCUCAACUAUCCGAGCGAUCUGUGACUCCGAUUUCUCGCUGCGGCAGCCUGUCCUCCGACCAUGCGCCCACCAAUCCAGCUUCAAGAGCUCCGACCAGCCACCAAAUUGAGGACACAUACAAAUUAACCGCGGAAGACCUGAAACCCACAUUUUUUCCUAAGUCCGAAUCGGACUCGCCCGUGUGCGAUUUUGAGGAUGCGGAUGCUGAGGACGUCGAGGUGGCCUGCUUAGGCUGUCGACAUUAUAGAAGGAACGUCAAACUACAAUGCUUUGCUUGCAAAAAAUGGUAUACUUGUCGCUUCUGCCACGAUGAGGUAGAAGAUCAUCACCUCGAUCGACCGAAGACGGAGAACAUGCUGUGCAUGCUUUGUGGACAUGCUCAGCCUGCCGCAGCAGUCUGUCGGCAAUGCGGUAAACUUGCUGCGCAAUACUAUUGCAACAUCUGCAAACUCUGGGAUAACGAUUCGAACAAAAGUAUUUACCAUUGCAAUGAUUGUGGUAUCUGCCGUAUCGGUCAGGGUCUUGGAAAGGAUUUCUUUCACUGCAGGACGUGUAGUGUAUGUUUGCCUAUUUCGAUAGAAAACACCCAUCGAUGCAUCGAGCGCUCCACUCAAUGUGACUGUCCGAUCUGUGGAGAUUAUAUGUUUACGUCUCCUGAAACUGUUGUCUUCAUGCGCUGUGGACAUAGUAUUCAUCAAAAAUGCCUUUCUGAGUACUCCAAGAGUUCUUACCGAUGUCCCAUAUGCAGCAAAACCAUUGCCAAUAUGGAAUCGACUUUCCGGAACCUGGAUCGCACAAUCCAGAGUCAGCCCAUGCCCGCAGAAUUCAAGGAUACUAGCGCACUGAUUCACUGCAAUGAUUGUGGUGCGAAAUCAGUUGUCCGAUAUCACUGGUUAGGUUUGAAAUGUGACAUGUGUGAAUCAUACAAUACUGCCCAGAUCCGCCUGCUACAUGGCGAAGCCUCGGACUCUCUUGAUCGGGCCGGUGGAGAUAACAGGGAUGCGUCUGCUUCUCCGAUGCCAUCCACCUUUCACGGUACGGAAGAAGAAGCCUCCAUUUCAUUGCCUCUGGCCCAGUUGCGGGUUGAUACGAGCUCUCCCUCUGGAGCAGAUUCGAGUCCACGAUUUAUUGCGUCGUCAUCUGCAGAGCAAAAUGGACGAUUCUCCUCGUACAGCCUGACUCGAGGUCGUGCUGUCUCACCAGUCAUCAGUAAUUAUUUCGGACUGCCUCCAGACCGCGAAUCCAACAGAUCGAAGUCGACUCUACCUUUUUUCGGCGAUCUUGCUGGAAAAUAUAGUAAUGACCAUGCCGGUGGUAAUCUUCGUUUGUGGGGAACGAAUAUUAAGUACAAAUACGGCUUCCUCGACCGAGGAACAGAAUCAACCGAGGGAACCUCGGAGGUUGAGGGUGAAGGAGAUGACAGCGACGAUUCAACAGAUGGCGAAUCAAUGGCAAGCGACGAAGCCGAUUCUGGAGACCCAGAAGAAGACGAUGAUGAAGACGAAGGCAUUGAUAUUUUUGGACACAGGUGA